AUGAAGGAGGCCCCCGACCGCAGACCAAGGCCAGCGCAGCCCGCGCCAUCCAACAGGGAGCUCGAAAUCCCCCGGCUGGACACGCAUCCACCAUCACGCGUUGCCGGCCGCCACAGCCCCCCGCUGCCCCGCACGAGACGCCGCCGACCGGCAGCACACGGGAGCUCAGGCGAGCUCCCACCACCUCCCAGCGCCGCCGGCCAGACCCCAGGCACCAGAUCCGGGCGGAUCUGGCCCGACGCCCACCAGCGCGCCGCCACCCGAUCUGGACCACCCAGCAGCCGCCGCACCAUCACCGGGGCACACACCGACGCCGCGCCGCCACCAGAAGGCCGCACCGCCGGCCCUCGCCACCGGCACCGUGCCGCAGGGCCCUGCCGAAGCCCAGCGCCGCCACCCGCGAGCUCCGCCCCGCGACGGACCCCGGAGUAG